AUGGCGGCGUCGGAUGGCUUGUACCAAGAGCAGGCGGGCGACAGCAAUGGCACGCAACUCCCCGAAGCUGCCUGCGGCUGUCUGCCCAGGGGCGCCGACCGUGGCGCCGGGUAUGCGCGCAUGGACGCGCGGAGCCUCGCGUCGGCCGAUGGAGCGCAUUCGCCGUGUGUUGGCACAGCGCAGCACGGCAGCGUGGCCAGCGGGCUGCACCAAUGCGACGCGGGGCUGAGGGAUGGCGAGCGCAGCGCGUCAUGUAACGGGAUAAGCAGCGCGCGUCAGGCAGGGUCGGAGGGAAAUGAUGUGCGAAACGGGUCGUGGCGGAAGCGCAUUGCGCGCAUGGUGCACGGAAGCAGUGAGCAGAACGGCGUCGCAGCAGAUAGUAAGGGUGGCACGGACGUAAGCGCGGGUGACGACCAACGCACGUGGGGGUCGGAGGAGAGGUCGUGGGAUGUGGAGGCAGGUCGGGGUGCGGGCAGCGGUGACGGAGCGAGCGCCGAGGCACAGCCGCGCAGCAGCGCCUUUCCUUACGACUGGUUCGUUGCAAAGCGGCCUCACAACCGCCAGCCGCUGCAGCCCGACGAGCGAACCUGGCGAGGGAUCAAUGCACGCCCCGCCACGCCUGCGUCCUCCGCGUCGUCCGCGUCCGCCAGUUCCCCCGCCUGGCCCUCCGCCCGCCCGUCCGCGACCCCCGCGUCGCCGCCGUGCCAGCAGCCGGACGAGAUGAUUACGUCAGCGUCGUACGAGGUAGUGGCGGAUGAUAUGGAGGAGGAGGAGGAGGAGGAGGAGGAGGAGGAGGAGGAGGAGGAGGAGGAGGAGGAGGAGGAGGAGGAGGAGGAGGAGGAGGAGGAGGAGGAGGAGGAGGAGGAGCGCAUGAGCGACGCGGGGUGCACGGACGACGGACUCGACGCUACCACCGACUGCCACGACCAACUCUGGUGCUGCUGGCCCCUCCUCCCCGCCUCCCCCACUCGCCCCGCUCCCCUUCCCCCCGCCGACUCGCGCGCCUCCGACUCAUCCGCGGGGAACACGGAGGGCGAGGAUGCGAAGCGGAGCACGCGGGGAGCGGGCGAGGCGGGGAAGGGAGAGGCGAGGCGCGGGGCGGUGGCGUGGGCGCGCAGCGUGGACUGGGGGUCGCGGCGCUGCCAGCUGUCCAUCUUCGCCGCCGUGAUGCUGGCGGGGCUGGCGGCGGCCGCCGUAGUGUUCUGGGCGACGUUCAGGAGCUACCAGCACAGCAGCAUGGUGCCCCGCCCGCGCGCCCUCGCAACACCUAUUGCCGCCUGCACUAGACGACGUGCUGACGACGUUGUGCGACACGUGGGCGGCGCUGCUCAACGAGCGACUGCAAGACUCUGCCAAACAGGCCCGCGUGCUGUCAGCGCUGCUCUCCAUCCUCUACUUCCGCUCCACCCCACCCGUGCUCAACCAGGUGCGCCUCUCCUCGCCGCCCCCUCCCCCUCUCCCUCAUAUGCCCAUGCUGCCCUGCCUUCACUUGGCCGCUCUCCGCUCCUCCCCAUUGCCUGCACCUCUCUCUCCCCAAGCCCACUCAUGCAUUUUCUCUACCCCCCCACACCGCCACCCCCCCCCUGGGCAUGGCGGGCAUGGCAGAGCAUGUUUGCGGACAUCAUGAGCGAGUCACAGCUGUCCGUGCAUCUCUUCCACAACGUCGCCUUCGCCCUGCGUGUCUCGCCCGCCCUGCGCCCCGCCUGGGAGGCCCUCAACAACGCCACGGCACCCUGCAUCAUGGACGAGGGCAGGGGGUGCACGGAGGAGCGCAUGGAGUAUGCGCCCAUAGUGUUUGAGGAGCUCGCCCAUGCGCCACACCGCGGCCUCGACCUCUACCAAUUGGACCAGCUGAACGCCACGGUGUGGCGGGCGCGGCAGCAGCUACGAGCAGUGGUGUCGCCCAUCCUGGCCGCCAUGCACGCGCCCACCGCCGUGCACUUCUCCCCCGCCGCCUCCUCCGACGCACACGUGUUCAAAGUGCUGCCUGUGUUCCGCUCCGCGCGCGCCUACCCGCCUGCUGUUCCCGCUGGGCAUGACGGCGACGAGGGCGUGGCGAGUGAGGGGCUGGGCGCGGGUGUGGGGGAGGGCGAGCUGGGGGGAUUCAUGGUGGCGGAGAUGGACGUGGAUGGGCUGUGGAAGGACAUCAGCAAGGCGACAUCACCAGCGGCGGACAUGGUGUUGCAGAUAGUGGACGUGACGGAUGGCAGUGCACCGCAGCUGGUGCUAGACGCCUCGCGCCACGUGUACAACCCCGCAGACCGGGUGGCAGAGGGGCCCUUUGCUCGUGUCAACAGCAUUGACUUCGGCGACCAGUUCCGGCAGUACGAGCUCCGAUGCAGGUACGCGAGUGUGCCAGUGCCGGUGCUGCCGGUGGUGUGGAUGGUGCUGGUGGUGGUGGUGGUGGCGGGGGCGGCGUACCUGCUGUGUGUGGCGCAGAGGCAUCUGAGUGUGGCGAGGCGCAACCUGAGGCGCAUGGGGCUGCUCAAGGACCGCAUGAAGCGCGCCAAGGUGCUGGCGGAGAUGGGCAACCGCGCCAAGGGCACCUUCCUCGCCACCAUGAGUCACGAGCUGCGCACUCCCCUCAAUGGCGUCAUCGGUGCGUGCCGCUGCAUGCAGCCCCCACACUCCACUCGCCUCGCUCCGGCCCCUCUGCUCUCUGCACCUCUCCUUUGCCCGCGAUUUUCGGUUCCUUGUGCACCGCUCGUUAGCAGAAUCAAGCAGCACGUGCCAACCACGUCACAUGCGCCCACGCCUAAACAUGUUCCCCUCCCCCCUCUCUUGAGCGCGCUGCACGUGGUGCGUGCAUGGGUGGCAGGCAUGAUGAAUCUGUUGCUGGAGACGCCAUUGAGUGCGGUGCAGCUGGACUACGUGGACACGGCGCGCACGAGUGGCAGGGCGCUCGUGGACCUCAUCAACGACAUCCUGGACCUCUCCAAGAUCGAGGUCACCCACCUCUACAUGCCAUGCCAUGCCAUGCCAUGCCAUGCCAUGCACGGCUUGCCGUCCCCCACCAUCCAGUUUUUCUCUGCCUCUCCCACUUGCUCGCUCCCUUCCUCUCACUACUUGUUUCCAUUUCUCCCCCCCCCCUCUCCCCCCUCCCACGCCUCUUUCCCUUGUGCUGCGGUCCGCCUCUGCCUGCCUGCGCGCGCUGUGCUGUGGGCGACGGGCAUGCAGGCGAAGCGCAUGGUGUUGGAGAGUGCGGCGAUGGACGUGCGCAGCGACGUGGUGGACGACGUGCUGAGCAUGUUCGUGGACCGCAUCCGCGCCAACCCCCACGUCGAGGUCGCUGCCUACGUUGAUCCCGCCGUGCCCUCCCUCAUCUUUGGAGACUCACUGCGCCUGCGCCAGGUGCUGAUGAAUCUGCUGUCCAACAGCUGCAAGUACACGGCGCGAGGCCACAUCUUCAUCUGUGUGCGUGCCGUGCGCUCAGACGAGGACCUGCGCCGCGUGCUGCUGCUGCACUCGCGCACCACCACCACCGCCCACGCCCUGCCACACCGCGGUGGCACAGGCCCAGGCCCCCAUGACUCGUCGGCGUGGCGUGUGGUGUCGCCGUCCGCCCUCAUGCGCCCCGCGCUCUCAGGCCCCGGUGCCGGCCCCGGCCGCCUGCAGCGCGCUUACCUGGGGUCAGGGACGCUGGGGGGCGAUAGGGUGCUGCGCGAGGGCGGAGAGGGGGAGGAGGGCGUGGAGGGCGGUGGCUGGUCCAGCAGCAGGGAUGAUGACAGUGCUUCCAUGUGCGGGGAGGAGGGCAGGGGUAGUAUGGAGAGGGAAAAGGAGAGGGAGAGAGAGAGGAGGUGUUAUGAGACACUGAGUGGGUAUGAGGCGGUGGAGAGCUGCAACAGCUGGGCGCAUGUGCGCAUGCAGCAGCAAGCCAUGGCGUCUGGUGGUGCAUUGGAGCAGGGAGCGAGUAGAGGGGGUGCGGGAGGGCAGGGGGUGGCAGCAUCAUCAGGGAUGGUGCGACUGGUGGUGUCUGUGGAGGACACGGGCGAGGGCAUCCCGUUGAGUGCGCAGAAGAGCAUUUUCAAGCGCUUUGUGCAGGCGGACGCCAGCAGCACGCGCACGCAUGGUGGCACGGGCAUCGGGCUGACCAUCUCACGGCACCUGGUGCACCUCAUGGGCGGCAAGCUCAGCUUCGUGAGCCGCCCUGGCAUCGGCACCACCUUCUACUUUGACUUCACCGUGCCCUUCCACGCCCCCAAACCACCCGCUGCUGCUGCUGCUCCUCGUAGUGCCGGGGCAGCAGUGGGUGGCAGGGCAGGGCGAGGGGUAUCUAGUAUCAACUCGAGCGACUGUGUGUUCACAGCUCCUCCUCUCUCCCCGCCCACACUGCAACACCAGGACGAGCUAUACCAGGGUGCGGCCGCUGCCUCACUAGGCAUCAGCUGCUCCCCCUCGCCCUCCCUCUGCCCUCCGCCCCUCCACCUCAUGCCUCCACCAACACCACCCUCCGUGCGUUCCCCGCUGCCCGUGCACGAGGCACCUCCCUCCACACAGGGUGCGGCAGAAGCAGCAGCACUAUCUCCAGAAGCAGCAGCAGCAGCAGCGGUGGCGGUGGCAGGGCAGCAUGUGUGUUGGUGCCCGGCAGCGCUGUCAGGCCCGUAUGCAGGUGUGGCGGCGGUGGUGCUGGACGACUGGGCGGUGCGCCGUGCUGUCAUGCACACGUACCUCGCUCGCCUGGGAGUCACUGUCCUGCAUGCUGAUGCGCAUGCACAUGGCCAUGCCUGCAUGUGCCAUGCAGGGCACCAGGCAGCAGGGCACCAGGCAGCAGGGCACGGAGUGGAGGGGGGCCCUCAUGGCAGUGCGCGUACCGCUGCUGGCCUGCAGGGAGACGCGUCAGCAGAGAAUGGAAGGGACAUGGCUGUAGGCGCCCUUGGCAGCGCGAGUGCUGGUAUGGAAGGUGUGAGUGCGGGUGGUGCAGGUGGCAGUGCAGGGUCGUGGGAGGCGGUGUGGGCAGCGCGGGGCAUGGUGGUGGUGGUGGAGCAUGAGUGGCUGGCGGACAGGGGCGGGUUGGCCAGGGGGUGGCGUCACCGCGUGGAGGCAGCAGCGGGGUGGGUGGUGCAGCAGUACCGCCGCUCCCACCACCAUGCGCUCACUGCUGCCACACCACACACUGGGGGUGCUGCCAACAGCAGCAUGGCAGGAGCGGCCGAGCAAGGGCGGUGGUUUGGGUUGCCGGAGAGGUGGCGGGCGAUUGUGGUGUUGCGUGAUGCGAGGCAGGCAGGCGGGCUGAAGCAGCGCCAUGGCGUGGCAGCCGUGCUCAUCAAGCCCAUCCGCCACGCCGCCCUCGCUGGCUGCCUGGGGGAGGCCCUGGGGAUGGACGCCGCCCCUGCUGCCCAUACCCCGGCCGCCCAACCUGCCCCCGCCCUGCACAUGCCUGCAUCCGUGCUUCUCCCACACUCUCCUGCUGCGCGUGCUGGGCUGGACGGAGGGGGGCGGGCAGGGGUGUGCGAUGAGAGUGAGGGCGGCGAGGAGGCCCCUCUUCUGCCGCUGAGUGCGUCCGUGGGUUCGUCACCGGCUGUGCCUGGGUGCUGCGUCCCACUGGCAGCACGCUCAGGCAUGCAGCACCGCAGCAGCAGCACCAGUGCUCUGGCAGCGCUGUGUGGGGCGGGCAGGGGCGCACACGGAGGAGAAGGGCUAGGGGCGGAGCAGGCACAUGUGAGGGAGGGCGGUGGUGGGGGCGAGGAGGCUAGUGCAAGGUCUGCACGUGAGGGGCGUGGGGGGAUGGCAGGGAAUGUGGUGGGUGAGCAUGUCCCAGCAGUGGCAGCAGAGGAUGCAGGAACCCAGUUGGCAGCAGGGGCCACAAGAGGAAAAAGAGACGUGGCUGGUGGCGGUGUGAUGAGCAGUGCAAGGCACAAGAGCGCUGCUGCUGCACGGCUGUGCCAUGCUCUGGAAGGCUCCAAGUUCCUCGUGGUCAGUGGUCGUGUGUUGCAUGCACGCAUGCUCAACAGCAUCAUGCUGCUCCCUGCACACCCCCCCUGCUGCUCCUCACGUAUUCUUGUGGAUGACAAUAUGGUGAACCGCAAGGUGAUCAGCAAGAUGCUGCAGCGCUACGGUGUGCAUGUGGAAGCCGUGGAGGGGGGCGCACAGGCGCUGCAGCGCCUGCAGCAGCCACAUGAAUUCGUGGGGGUCUUCAUGGACGUGCAGAUGCCGGGCAUGAACGGCUUCCAGGCCACCAGGGCCAUUCGCAACAUGGAGGCCGCUCAACCUGCUGCCUGCACUGCACCGCUGCCCACUGCUGCCACCGCACAGGAGAGCGUGCCUGCCACGCCAGUCGCACUAGCUGAUCCUCAUACGCAAGCACCACCGCCCCCUGGGGUGCCGUCGCCACUGCCAGCAGCAGCCACAGCACAGCGUGGCACUGUCGCUCCCCCCUCGCCGUCAUCCCCAUGCCCGCCUCCUGCAUCGCCCUGCACGCCCCCUGGUCACCCUGCACCGCGGCAGCGCCUGCUGGUGUUUGCCCUCACGGCGGACAUUGGUGGGGGCACGCGGGAGCGGUGUGCAGUGGUGGGCAUGGACGGGUACAUGACCAAGCCCAUCGAGGAGGAUCAACUCGCCUCUGUUGUGCUGCCCUUCUUCCACCCGCCUCCCACCGCCCCUCACACACACCCGCCUCUUCCUGCUGACCCCACUGCUUCCCCUCAUUGA